AUGUUGGGAUAUAGUGGAAUUGUUGGUACACUGGACUUGAAAGUGCUCUCUUACCAAGAAGGUGUAGAAAACAAUGUUACUAUUUCAACUGUGGAUAUUCAAUCUGCAAAAGUUUAUAGAAGCACUUGCUGUACUCUCAGAAAUGGUGAGACUAAUGUUGGUCAAUUAUUCGCAGUCAACCAAUUUUUCGAUGCCAUUUCAAGACCAACUAAAUGUGGAGAUUUGAGACUUUCCCAAAAAGGAGACAUCACACUGUGGACUAUUUCAAGACAGGAAAUAAGGAAAAUGAUUAGACCUUUUGUAAUUUAUCCAGUGUUGUAUUUUCCAUUAGCAAUAUAUUCACAUUUCAAGUUUGUGAAUUAUGACUUUGGAUGGAAUGAGACACAAGUUCAUCCAUAUCUCCACUUUUUCGAUUGUUUGGUUUUCACUUUUUUGAGCUUGGUUGGAAUAGAUAACUUGACAAUUAGAAUUCGUAGGAUUCCCAGAAAUGAUGCCAUAAUUAUGUUGUUGUGCACUUUAGGAAUAUUUCUUGUCAAGUUAACUAUUUGUAUAUUUGGAACGAGCCACCCACUUCGAUCCUUCAUUAACACCUUUUCAUUCUCUGCACCAUUCAUCCUCUCCAGUGUACCAUUCAUUUAUGGAUUAAAUUUAUAUCCAAAGGCAUUGUUCUGGUAUUGGAGAUCAACCAAUUGGUUCUAUAAUAAUAUAGUUGUGAAAAAAACAGGUGGAUUUUUGAGGAAAUGUGUGGAUUGGAUUACAAAUUAUUAUUCCUUAAAUGGUGUUCAGCAUGACAGUUCAACUCGUUGCGCAAUUAAUUAG